AAAAAUUCUAGUCGGCAUGAUUUUUAUCCAAGACAAGAUUCUACAUAAAUUCUCAACUAAAAAAUUACUGCUAGUAUCUUCAACUGGUGUCGGUAAGUAUAAAGCUAUGAAUCACAAUAGUACAUUUGCAAAUCUUUCGCACCAAACACAGAGGGCAUUCACCGAAAACCCUCUUCUUAAAUGUUAAUUAAGCACGAAGAUUAGCUUAAAGCAUUCCCAGAGUUGUGGUCAGUCAGUGGAGCGCACUCAGAGCCGCGAACACAAUGCGUGCAAACGGACGCGCGUCCAUCACUAGGACGGCACUCUCAUGCUUGUUCUGCCUUCAUUUGUUUGUGACACAAACAACUGGCACCGACUAUGGAAUUCCUUUUGAAAUAAAAAGUUGGGACUCUGGCCGAUCGCCCCUAGCUCAUAUGGUGGAUGUUACCAACGGAUUUGGUUUAAAAGUGCUCGCGGAACAUAACUUUUUAAAUGACAACAACAUUGCUUUCUCGCCCUAUGGAUUAAUGGGUAUCCUGGUUGCACUGUACGAAGGGGUGGAUGGGGAGUCCUCUUAUCAAAUCCAACGAGGGAUGCAGUUACCCUGGAACAGGAAUGUUAUGCGGAUUGGAUUUAGAGAUAUACACCGAACAUUAAAAACUUACUUCAUCCCUGAAGAGGGUUUCCUCGCAGGUUUAGCUCUUAACAAUGAAAAUGUCACUUUCAAUGACAGCUAUAAAAAGAUACUACGAUUCUAUGGUUUUGAUCUUGAUAAUGAUCAAUUACCUACCUUUGCUCCUGGGACCAAUAAUAGUACAAAUGAAACAACUACAACUGCUUCACCAUCGAGUUCUGAAGCACCUGCCACCACUGCAGGCACAACAGCUGCUGCUACGACGGAAAGUGCAGCAGCAGGUGCAGAAGCAUCUACGGCACCAACUAGAGAAGAAACAACUACUAAUCCUAAUGCAGAAACUAUAAACGAUAUCGACAUCCGGGGACCAACGCCAACGACUACGAGCCCGGGUUCUGCAUCUAAUGCUGAGAGUACAACUAAUUCUUUAGACGAAUCGACUACACUUAGUAAUACAGUGGAAGAAAUAGCUUCACCUACAUUAAUAGCACAAACCGGUGCUACAGAUACAACUAUACAAACAACCACGACUGUGGCCACAACCACAUCCAAUGAGUUAAUGACAAGUUCUACAACAGUUGAAGCAUCCUCGACACUGAUAGUUCCUGAUACUUCAUCUACGACGUUAAUUAAUUCUGAGUCAACAGUUUUUCAGCCCUCAUCAACAGGUACAACAGUAGCACUAAAUGAUGCGUCUACUAUGAACAAUGAAGUAGAUGCAAUGACGACAAGAGAGGUAACAACGAGUACAACAGAAAAUUCGCCAGAGACAACAGCAGCGACAUCUACGAUGACGACAAAUAGUAAUACAGAAACAGAAACUCAACAAGCUGAGCAAAUGUCUACUUCGUCUGAUAUGAGUACAACUACUGAGUCAACAACAAUCAAUGAUUCAACAUUGGAAACUCUAGAACGCCGUAAGAAGUCGAUUGUAGACUUCGUAUUCACAAACCCACCAUACGUUGAUGAUUACUUGGUAUAUAAAUCUUACGAUAUAGGUCCCAAUUCCGAAUUGCCGUCUACAAAUUUUGAUGAUAGUACAAAUUUCUUAGCGAAUGGAUUAAAGAGUGUUCAGGUGACAUACAUGCAUUACGACACUAUACUAGAGCACGCGUACCUGCCGCAUUUAGAAGCUUCGGCAUUGAGGCUGCCUCUAGACAGCGACAGAUAUUAUUUACUGGUUGUGUUACCAACGCGUGGUGGCGUGCCGGAGCUGGGAAGGCUGCUUGCGAGGAUGGCGCGGGAAUCUGACCUCUCCGAUGUCUACUCGGCACUACGCCCGCGGCGAGUUCGCGCCAUCGUUCCCAGCUUUACGGUCAAAGGUCAUGUCGCACUAACUACAGAUUUGCAAAAGUUGGGUAUCCGUGACGUGUUCGAGCCUAGGCAGCGCGAUUUUAACCCCAUGACUAACCAAGCAGGGGUAUAUGUGCGAAGUAUAGAACAGGCAGUCUCUGUUGCUAUUCGAAAAUACCAGCCUGACGACCAGAAAAAGAACAGAUACGUAAGUAACCACCAGCCGGUGCGAUUCUCGGCUACAUAUCCCUUCCUCUACUUUGUGAUGGAUGCCAGCAUACACGUCGCGCUCAUGGCCGGCAAGAUGGUCGAUCCACUGAAUACAAGGAUAUUAUAG